GGGCCCCUCAGGAUCAUGGGCGCCGGGACCCGCGUGUGCGCUGCCCGGCGGGGCGGCCUCCUCAGUUGGACCUCGGUGCUGCUGCUGCUGGGCCCGAGCAGCGGGGAGUCCUGGGUUCAAGGAGCCCCCCAGGUGGAUUUCCAGGAGCGAUACUUUGAACAGAUUUUGGAUCAUUUCAACUUUGAGAGCUAUGGCAACAAUACCUUCCUCCAGCGGUUCCUGGUGACGGAGAAGUUCUGGAAGGAAGGAACAGGACCAAUAUUUUUUUACACGGGAAAUGAAGGUGAUGUCUGGGCCUUUGCCAAUAACUGCAAUUUCAUUCUGGAGCUAGCGUCAGUAGAGGAGGCUCUGGUCGUUUUUGCUGAGCACCGCUACUAUGGAAAGUCUCUCCCAUUUGGGGUUCAGUCCACCAAGAAGGGGUAUACAGCCCUGCUUACGGUGGAGCAGGCCUUGGCUGACUUUGCUGUUCUGGUCCAAGCUUUGCAAAAGGAAUACAAGGCCGAGAAUGUGCCUGUCAUCACCUUUGGAGGGAGUUAUGGAGGGAUGCUCAGUGCCUACAUGAGGAUGAAGUACCCCAACCUAGUGGCCGGAGCACUGGCUGCCAGUGCUCCUGUGCUGUCCAUCGCUGGUAUUGGAGAUUCCCGCCAGUUUUUCAGAGAUGUCACUACUGACUUUGAGAACUAUAGCCCUGAGUGUGUCCAGGGAGUGCGAGAAGCCUUCAGACUAAUCAGAGACCUGUACUUACAACAAGCCUUUGACAGAAUCAGCCAGGAAAUGGGCACUUGCACACAGCCCUCAAGUGACUCAGCCAUCAACCAGCUGUUUGAGUUUGCCCGAAAUGCCUUCACCAUGAUCACAAUGAUGGACUACCCCUACCCCACUGAUUUCCUGGGCCAUUUCCCAGCCAAUCCUGUCAAGGUGGGAUGCGAUCGGCUACUUAGUGCAAAGAAUCGGAUCCAGGGGCUCAGGGAACUGGCUGGAUUGCUUUACAAUGCUUCUGGUACAGAGCCAUGUUAUGAUAUCUACAAACUUUACCAAAAGUGUGCUGACCCCACAGGCUGUGGCACAGGCCCCAGUGCAGAGGCCUGGGAUUAUCAGGCCUGCACUGAGAUCAACCUCACCUUUGACAGUAAUAAUGUAACUGACAUGUUCCCUGAGAUCCCAUUCACCAGUGACCUCCGAGAGAAGUAUUGUUUUGAUAGGUGGGGUGUCAGGCCCCGGAAAAGCUGGAUGCAGACCAACUUCUGGGGGAAUAAUCUCAAAGCUGCAAGCAACAUCAUAUUUUCAAAUGGAGACUUGGAUCCCUGGGCAGGGGGUGGGAUAAGGAGUAAUCUGAGUUCUUCCUUGAUCUCUCUCACCAUCCGGGGCGGAGCUCAUCAUCUAGAUCUCAGAGGGUCCAAUCCAGCAGACCCCAUCUCUGUCACAGAGGUCCGGAAGCUAGAAGCUGAAUAUAUCCAUGAAUGGGUGGAAGCAGGAAGACAUAAACAGUAACGUGACUUCCAAAACUUGGAAACAGCCAUCGCCAUACUGUGUGGGACUCUACCUUCAGUGCCGGCCAACAGGACUGUUUCUAAAGCCGAGCCCAAAGUAGAGGCUUUAGAUGUCUGUUCAUCCUCAGGGUUAAACUUUCAAAGUCCUUUGACUGUCUCAGACAAGGACUACUGCUUGAUAAACUCAGUCCCCCAGGAUCAGAUAUUGCACCUCCUAAACUUCCUGAGUAGGAUCAUCACAAGGCUUGGCAGUCUCCAGUAGUCUAUGGCAUCUGGGCUGUGAAGAAGUAUCUGCACACAGAGUUCCCUCCUACCUGGACCUAUUUAACAAAACCUCCCUUCCUUGCUGUUCCCGCAUAGCUCGAGCUUUCCAUUUUAGGGAAUCUGGGAGAGGAGAGGUAGCAAUGUGUGUAGGAUUUUCCCUUUUUGCACCCCCCAAAAGCAAAAAAAAAAAAAAAAAAAAGAGGAACCCUUUACCUUUACCAGGGUAAGCUUUUACAUUAUUCUGGUUCUCUAAAGGUAGAUGAAUUGAAGUUAGCCAUGGGUGUCCUCUGCCACUCCUACCCCCAAUCGUAACUGAAAUUGGAAUUUUCUCUCCCCCACCUCUGAGUAACAGAUAGUACCAGGCUGCUGCAGAAGACUAAGCAGAAUAGUGAAGAUUCAGUCAGUCCUGCUUAAGAGGAAUCACGCCACAUUGUCUCUGUAAUGAACAGCAAUAAAGUUUCACCUGGUUUCUAGA